AUGUGGGUGACCGCACGCUGCCUACCGGUCUCCCUGCCCCCACACACGUCCGGGCCCGCUAUGCUCUUUCUCCUUCUCUUGUUGGCCCCCGUGUCAGCGCUGGCUCUGCGCAACAACUGGAAUAAGGCAUGCCGCGGUUCGUGCGCAUAUGACCUCCCCAACGCGGGUGUCCUCUCGAUCGUUGGUGGAGACAAGGCGGUAUCUGACAUCACGUCUGCUGGUGGCUGGAGUGUCCUGAGCUGCGACGCCAAUGCCCUCUCGCAGCAGAUCCGCCUCGUCUGCAACUCUGCUGCUUGCGAGCAUCUUUUCGAGGGCCACGGAGCCGUCAACACCGUCGUCCGCCUCCCCGAGUCGUGUGGCGCCAACCCCUUCGCCCGUGUUGCCUCCGUCAAAGUGGACGCCAACCAAUCCAUCCCCGGUGGCGCCAAGUCGAAGCGCGCCACUGGCAAGUACGCCAACACCGUCUUCUUGAUCAGGGUCGAUACCGAUUUUGCCAAGGUCGACGCUAGUGUGACUGGUCCUGUUGAAUUCCGCAUCGAGGGGUACAACUACCAGGGAACCGUUACAGCACCGGCGAAGGACGUCGCGAGACGCGGGGGCAAUCCCACCGGCUAUAACAACACUCUCUCCAGCACUCUCCCUCCCAUCAAGCUCAACCAGAAAUACCCUCUCUUCUCUGGUUCGGUCAACUGCCCCAACUUCACCGCUUCCGUCGCCACCGCCCUGAACGUCGACGUUGACCUUACGGUCUCGCUUGGGCUAGUUGUCGCGGGCACCGUCAUUCCCGCCGAGAUUACGCAGUUCGCGGUCUUUGGCGGCCUCGAUGGCCAUGCGGGUGCGCGCCUUUCGCUGGACGCUACUGCUCUCGGCACGUACUCUACUGGCAAGGUCUCCUUGUACUCUGUCGCUCUCGCGGGCGUUGAUGUCCCUGGAAUCUUCACGCUUGGCCCCACCUUCGAUUUGCUGGGCAAGGCCGACGCUAACAUCAAGUCUGGCGACCUCUCAAUCGGCGUUGAUCUCAAGUACAACGUCGCCAACGCGCGUGCUUAUAUUCCGCCCCAGCCUUCUGCUGUCGGUGGCUUCAACCCAGACAACAGCCAACUCACCCUUUCCGUCCAACCAUCGAUCAAGACCUCGGGCACCGUCUCGGGCCACCUCAUCCCACAACUCACGCUGGGCCUGAACGCCUUCUCCGGUAUCGCCAAGGCACAGGUCUACCUUAACCUCGACGCCAGCACCGGCAUCGACCUCUCCCUCUCCGCAUCCGCGAAUGCCUCUACCGGGACCUCGGGCAACGCUGCCUCGGGCACCGUCGACGGCUGUGUGGACAUCUCCGCGGGGCUCGGCGUCAACGUCGGCGCGAGCGGCUCGCUUUUCGGGCUCAUCGGCGAGGGCGAGUACCCGCUCUACUCCGGCGCGUGGGACCUCUACGCCAAGUGCUUCAGCGCGGCGUCCAAGCGGGCCCCGGAGCCGGGCCGCGGGCUCGGCCGCAUCGGACUCGCUGGCGCGGGAUACAGGCUGCCGGGCGACGCGCGCCAGGGGUUGGCGGAGCGUGCGGCGGCGGCCAACGGGCUUACGUGCCCGACGAGCUCGAGCAAGGGCCAGCUCGUGACGAUCAUCGAGCAGAUCGUGGGUGCAGUGAAGAAGCCGUAG